AUGUCCACGUUAACAUUAAACGUUUCCUCAAGUGAAUUGUCAUGCGACAUUUUUCCACCGCUAGAAGUAGAAAGCACAUCACAAAUAUGCCUUUUGAGCCUACAGACAAAUAAUUCAAUACCAAACAUUGAACCCGGCUGUAAUACUAUCGGUUUUCGUAAUAUGAUCGGACAAAGAGAGGACGUUAUCAUACCUACGGGAUCGUAUGAGUUUGAUAAUUUAGAGAGUGUUAUACAGAAAAAUAUGCCCGAAUAUAUCGAGUGGUUUGAAUUAAAAGCAAACAAUACCACAUUAAAGUGUAUACUCUCGUGUAGUCAUGACGUUGACUUAUCAGUUGAAAAUAGUAUAGCGAAAUUAUUGGGUUUUAGAAAUGAAUUAUACACUACUGGUAAUAAUUACGAAUCUGAAAGUACAGUCAAGAUAAUGAAAAUCAAUAGUAUAAAAGUCAUGUGUAACUUGAUUACUGGCUCAUUUUGCGACGGAGCACCGAGUCAGAUCAUACACGAGCUCUAUCCAACUGUUCCACCAGGCUAUAAAAUCGUCGAGGUACCUAGACAUCCUGUUUUUUAUGCUCUCAACACGACUUUGAUAUCUAGAGUGUAUAUCGUGCUAAAAGAUCAGAACGAUUGUCUAAUAAAUCUGCGCGGUGAACCAAUUACGAUUCGAUUACAAAUAACGUGUGGAAAUGGCACUAAAGUUUAA